ACUGGGGGCAGGAUGCAGUGGCGUGCGGGGUUCGCCUCAUCACGCGCUUUGGUGGUGGAUCUGGGCCGGAACCGCAGUCUUCCGGUUCCGUUCGGGCUGCACGCUGACGAGCGCCACUCCGUAUCCGGCUGCGUGGUGGCCUUUCCCCUGCAGGAGUACGGCGGGAUCAUGUCCGGCCUGGUGGCCGAGUCAUGGUGGAGGAAAACCCUGUACCUGACCGGAGGAGCCUUGCUGGCCGCUGCUGCGUAUCUGCUCUACGAGCUGCUCUCAAUCAGGAAAGAACAGCAACUAGACUCUAAAGACGCCAUCAUCCUCCACCAGUUCUCCAGACCGAAAAACGGUGUCCCCAGCCUGUCUCCGUUUUGCCUGAAGAUGGAAACUUAUCUGCGCAUGGUGGAUUUGCCAUACCAGAAUUACUUUGACGGAAGUCUCUCUCCUCAGGGGAAAAUGCCAUGGAUUGAGUAUAAUCAUGAGUGUGUGUCUGGGACGGAAUUUAUUAUUGAUUUUCUAGAGGAGAAGCUGGGUGUGAGCCUCAAUAAAAGCCUGAGUGGGCCAGAGCAGGCUGUGGCCCGGGCCAUAACCAAAAUGGUGGAAGAACACUUAUACUGGACUAUAGUGUACUGUCAGUGGGUGGAGAAUGUGGAGCAGACUCAGAAUCUCCUGGACGUUCCUGGCCCACUGAGUGAGGUUCUGAAGUGGACGCUGUGCCAGCUGAACGGAGGCCUGGUGAAGAGGGAGAUGUUCUGCCAGGGAAUCGGCCGAUUUACCAGAGAUGAGCUUUACACACUGAUGGAGCGAGACAUGCGUACACUCGCCACACUGCUGGGAGAUAAGAAGUACAUUAUGGGCUCUAAAGUGACCAGUGUGGACGCCACAGUGUUUGGACACCUCGCACAGGCCAUGUGGACGCUGCCCGGCUCCAAACCAGAGCAGCUAAUUAAAGGUGAGCUGAUUAACCUUGCCAUGUACUGCGAGCGGAUCCGGAGGAAAUUCUGGCCUGAGUGGUUUGUGGAUGUGGAUGAUUUUUGUUUUGAUGGAGAGAGCGACAGCAGCUGUGGAACGCCCACACACCUGAUGGACUUUAGCCUGUUCUCACGUACUGACACACUGGAGGACAGCACCAGCAGUUCACCCUCUCACACAAACACACACUCGCCGGACACCGACCGUUCAGGACGCUCGCUCUCCGACUCGGACAUCGAGGUGGAUGUCUUGGACGACAAACAGCAGGUUAAGGGGUAGAUCAUAUCCGAUUAACUUUGACCCGUGAUCUGUGCAGACAUCUAAUGGGAAAACAUUAUUGGACAUUACAUUAUUGGACAUGAUGUCCUCAGAGUGGACUUCUUUUUAGGAGCCAGACUUACUGGGCAUUGGUUUUAAACUUGUGUGACUGUGUGCGUGAGGGUUUUUAUGCAAGCUACAGGGUUGUUUCAGGCAUUUGUACACUGUGUGAUCAAAAGUAUUCAGAUCCUGAUUGGUUGAUUAAGCUGCAAACUAAUCAUUGACAUCAGUGAUACUUGAAGUUGUUUUCACAAUAAGUGAUAUGAUCGUGAUUAGGGCUUUCAAACAAAUAAAAGAUUAAUCACAUAUUAUUUGCUCAAAUAUGUAUCACGUUAACACAUUAUUAAUGCUUUAACUUUGACAGCCCUAUUCAUAUUUUUCUGAGCUUUGAUUAGUUGGAUUGGAUAAAAUGCACCAGAAGUGCCAAAAUUUUAAAAUACUAACAAAAUGAUAAUAUUAUAAUUGCUGGUUACAGCCUAAUACAAAGGAAUGGCUACAGUUUGUUCACUAUUUUAGGAUAGACUGUUUUUUGAACAAGGCACAGUGCAGAAUGUAGAUAAACAGUAUAUGGGCUUUUUAAUGUGCUCAAUUUUAAAAGAAAAGUUUGGAUGUACAGGUGUCUGGAUACUUUUGGACACACAGUGUAGAUUCUAUGUUAUCCUGACUUUAUUAUACGUGGAAUAUGUAUGGGUUCUUGUGAGAUACAGCUCAGUAUGAGGGUCCAGCAACAUGUCUGAAUUCUAGCACAGGAAACCAGUUCAUUUGUUUUUAACCAGUGUGGAGCAUCUAUGUUGUGACCUCAUAUCAAAUGAAGCUUCAGUUCUUCUUUCAAUUAAUUUCAGUCAAACUAUAAUCAUGACCACAUAGCAAUGACAGACUUAAGUAGGAGGUGAAUUCAGUGAAGGGAUUGAUCUAUCAGUAACUCCACCGUCCUGUUAAACACAUACAGUGCUGUGUUUGCUUCAUAACAUACUUAGAUGGGUGACAUAUUAAAGGAAAAACAUAUACAUAUAAAAUGUAACCAGGGUAGCUUCAGUGCAUCUUGGCAUAGAUACCAGCCCCUGAAAUUGUACUGGAGGGAUGGAAAUAGUAGUGGGUCGUAUGGCCAAAAAUAUAGUGUGGUAUAAUACAUUUUGACAGUUUAAUAUGAUAUAUUUUGUUUUUUUUUUUGUUUUUUUGCUAAAGUAAACCUAAAAAAGCUCAAUAAUAUAUUUAAAAAGGUUGAAGCUUUUUCCUUGAAUUUUCUGUUCCACCUUAAAUGUAGCAGCAAUAGCAACCUGACACCUUUACAGGCACCUGGAUGUAACUGGUGCAUCAUUUCAUGUGGAAAAGCAAUUUUGAAUAAGAAGCCAGCUUCAGCUUCAUUGAAUUUCUUUAGUCAUUUGUCUCAUACGUGCAUCCCAUAUACUUAAGGCUCUGACUGUAAGAUACUGCUGGACUUUGGGAAAUAUUACAGUCAGGCAGCUUCUCAUGCAGUGUGAGAGGAAGCACAGCAAUUAGUCAUUUGAACUGUGACCGAAACUUGUCCAGCUCAGCCACUCAGCUGAAUAGCUAACGUUAGUGUGCUUUGCACUGUAUGUACGCCCUGUUGUCUUCACUUAUCUGUGGCAUAUAAUAGUUAUGACAAUGCAAACCUGAGGAACAAUUUCAAGCGCUAUACCACCCACUACUAGAUGUAACACCAUUCUUCCAAAGCGAUGUUCUGGUGUUUUGAUGGAUGCUGUCUAACAUAUUCCCCCAAAAUAUCCCAUAGAUGUUCAACUGGUAUGUGAUCUGGUGACUGAAAACACCAUGUCAUAUGAAAUGGACCCAAACCAUGCCCUACCACAGCACAAGAGAGCCAUCAGACAACCUCACUUUUAGGGGACAAGCAUUCAGGCUGGAGAAAUUGGUGACUCAUCUGAUCAUAUCACUUUUUUCCACAUCUCUGUAAACCAGUGCCUGUGGUUUUAACACCACUCAAUUCUGAAAUAUUCAUUUGUCUUUGUAAUGAGGGGGCUAUGCCAUGCAUCCCUGCCACAAUAAUCCCUCUCAUUGUGGUUGUGGAUUGGCAUUCUUAGUCUCCUGAGGCACAGUCUUACAUUUUUCUUUCUGUAUCUCGCUGAUGCAAAAGCAUCAUGCUCACCAAUUGUGUGCUUUCAGCUGUAGUUUCCAACCAUACUUACUGAUGUCUUUCCCAUAAAUCUAAAUUCAGAGGUCGUUUUAGUCACUGUUAGUAUUGAAACAUGGUCAGUUGGGAAGUUGUUGUGACUGAAGCUCCUGCGAUCCAUCCCACAGUAAACCCUCUUCCAAAGCCACUUGUCCUCUUCAUAUCUUUAUCAAAAUUUUAUACACACAAUGCAGCGUUGUGUCAUGCAGUACCUGGAAGCAGCCUUUGUUUUUCUAAUUUGUCACCUGUGUGUGUGUGUGUGUGUGUGUGUGUGUGUGUGUGUGUGUGUGUGUAUAUAUGUGUGUGUGUGUGUGUGUAUAAGUAUAUGUAUGUCAUAGAGUCGCAUUACUUACUCUUUGCCACCAGGGGGCACUGUGAUCAUUCACAAGAUUUCAGCUGGGAUUUGUGCAGAACACAUGCAGAAGUAUGCAAAAGUUUGGGCACCCCAGACAAAUUACACAGUAAGUACACAUCGUCUACAGAGAACAUACCUCUGCACAUUUUAAUGCACAAUCACUAUUUAGUUGCAAGAUAUAACAUUUACACAUACAUAAAAAGUACAUGUGUGCGAAAGUUUGGGCGCAAUUGAUGAUUUGUGUUUUUCCAACAUGUUAAAUGCAGCUAAUAAACAGAAAUUCUGCACAAAAAUUUUAAAAUUCAGAAAUGUCAUAUUUAGGAUGGUUCGCUGUAGAGGAUGUUUUAACUUGGUUUCAAUUAGAAAAUCGGCAAAGCAUGUCAUUUGACAGGGUGUGUUCAAACUUUAGCAUACACUUCUGUUUCUUUCCACAACUUCCAUUUUUUCUCUCUGCAGCAUCAGUGCUGCUUUCAGCCUUAACCUUAGCCCUUUAGCCUACAUUGCUGUGUGUUAGCAGUGCUCUCUCUAUAGGUUUUAACACCUCAUGCAUGUAUGUUGUGUCUGUGUAGUGUGUACUGAUAUCAGUUUGCCUUAGCUGGAAAAGAGGUGGUUUGAGUAGCUUUAUAAUCAUUUUUACCUCUUUCGGUGGAUUAUACUUACUUGAAAUCAAAGCCAGUACGAUUGGGUUUAUUUCUAUAUUUAUGUAUUUAUUUAUUUAUGUAUGUAUAUAUUUAUUUAUUUGUGUUAUGUGUACAGUAUGUGAUUAUUCUAAUUAUUUUGGUUGUUUACCAAUUAUAGAGGAAUUCAUUUUGCACAUUUUGACAUUGAAGGGAUGAAUGAGAACAGCAAAGUGUCUAAACAGUGGAGGAUCAGUGUAGGUUUAAUUGACGUAAUAAUUAACUGUUAUGAACAUUCCAGUUCAUAACACAUGAGGGAGCUGAGAAGUGGAAAUUGUUUACUUUUAUUUCUGCAUGCUAAAUGCCAAACUGUUUUGCAAACCAUACUGGUAGGUGACAUGGAGUGACCCAACUUUAACAAAUUUAAAAAUAAAGCAUACAAAAAAGUUAAACUACAUAGGCCUGGGUGAUAAUCUAACCUCGAUGAUGGCUGACAGUUAAGCCAUUGAUGGUGCUUCAAAGAUGAAAAUCACUGUUUUAGAAAAAAAAAACCUGUAGACCUGCAGAGAACUAAUUUAGUUAAUCGGCUUCUUAAAUAAUAUGUACAUGUAAUGUGCUAAGGCUAAUUAAAACAUGAGUUUUGAGUAUGAUUUUUAGGAGGAAUUUUAUUUUUUUUUGUGGUAGACCUUCUGAAGUCAUGUGUCAUUCUGUAGUCUUCGUUUUCAAAAUCACCUUCGUCAUGCAACAUACAUGCUACAAUCAUGCUGAAAUGAUGUUGCAUGAAAGUCUCCUGUUUGUAUUAUAUAACACCUGCUACCCAAACUACAGCCUGAAACCCUCCAACUUUCCACAUUUGACGAAGCUUGCUAUUUUGCUUUUGUGGUGUUUUGGUGAGGAUUCUAGUCUUAUGACCACAGUUUACUGUGCAGCAAUAUUAGCCUGCAUGUAACAAUACUCAUUUUCCAGCUCCUUAACACUUUGGUUGUUCAGGGGAAUGCAGGAUAUAAAGCAGACGACAACAUGACUUAAGGUCUAUGGAACCUUCACACCAAGUCUAGUGAGUUUAUUAAACACACAAAACAAGAGGAUGUAAAGGAAGAAGAAAUUAAUUAUUCCUCAAAUAGUAGUAAUGACAGUUAUUACAUUGUUGAAUACACUGGGUUCUCCAUUCUAUAGACCUAAUUCCAAAAAAUGCUGAAACAGAAUGUGAAAUGCAAAUAAAACAGAAAGCAGUGAUAAGUAAAUUCUGUUUGACCCAGAUUAAAUUUAACAGCGCACAAACACUAGUUUCAUUUAUGAUACUUGCAAGACAUUCUAAAACAAGUUGGAACAGUUGCAAAUUGAACACAUCAGUUGAUCCGGUUUUGAAAGUGGAAUUUUAACUCUUCAGUUAUAUAGUUCUUCAGCUGUGCAUCUAUGCGGGUUGUUGUUUAAUUGGACAUUAAAGAUGUGCAAAUUACCCAUGCCUUGGGUAUUAAUGCCCCCCCAUACCAUGCCAGACCCUGAGUUUUUAACUUUACACUGGUAACAGUCUGGAUGGUCUUUUACUUCUUUGGCCCAGAGAACACUAUGUGGAUUAUUUCCAUAAAGAAUGAGUCUUCAGACCACAGUACAUGUUUACACUGUGCAUCAGUGCGUUUCAGAUAAGCUGGAGCCCAGAGGAGUCUGUGCCAUUUCUGGUCAUUGUCGACGUUUGACAUCCACUGUGCAUAGAACAGUCUUAUCUUGUGGAUGAAGUGACAGUUGUUUUUCCAGAGUAUUCCCAAGCCCAUGCAGUGAUAAGCAUCACAAAAGCGUGCUGGUUUUUAAUGCAGUGCCGUCUCAGGAGUUGAAUUUCACAGGCAUUAAAUUGUUUUUUGGGCCUUGCUUUUUAAGCAAGAACAUUGUCCUUAAACAGCCAAUGCAUUUUUUUGGCAAGUGGAGAAACUUAAACUAUCCUUGCUCAUAUAUAUAUAUAUAUAUAUAUAUAUAUAUAUAUUCCUAGUCUGUUCCUAGUCUGAAAUUAUUCCUUUCCCAACUUUUUGGAAUCUGUUGCAGGCAUCAGGUUCAAAAUAAGUGUACAUUUUACACUGAUGUUAACAAGGUAAAAUCUGAAAUGUCUUGUAAUUGGGCUGUUUUUGUUUAAAUACAAGUAAAAAUGAAUAUACAAAUCACUGCUUUCUGUUUUAUUUGCAGUUUAUGGGCUCUCCAAACUUUUUUGGAAUUGAGUUUGUACAAAAAGACCUGUUAUAAACACUCUAGGAUCUACAUAAACGCAGAAAAUUAAGCUCUAAAUCUGGUUGUAAUAAGAAAUUUCAUGACAUUUCAUGAAAUUCAGGGGUUAAAGCAUUAAAAUUCAGGGUUUAAUAUCCAAAACCUGAUGUUUUUUUCUUCUCCAAAAAUUUGAUUUGGUGUGAAUAUGCCUUUAGUAAUACAAUAUGGUAAAUUACCCACCUUCUCAGGGUUUCCCAGAGGUGACAUACCAUCUGAAGAAAAUUUACAGGAUUUUUAGUACAUCUUGAAUGUCCUGAUGGUUCAGAUGAGUUCCUAAUGGGAUGUAAAAUAAUAUUCUGAUUAUUUUUAGAUUAGAUUAGGUUAGCACUUAGGCCUGCACUAUAGCCCUGACAGCAUUAUCCCAAAACUGAUGGGGUUAGAAUGCAAGAAAUAAAAAUAGAAAGAAAAAGCUUAGGGCCAUCCGCUCUGGUCCCAUUUCCGGUGGAGACCAGUUACUACACCUCACUAAUUCACCUGCAACCUAUUCAUCUUCCACUGCAACGAACCAGAUAGCUCACAAAAUACUAAAAAUAAAGCUCAGUUUCUACUUUUGAAAUGAAAUCAGCUACAGUUUUUCAGUAGCGUCUCAGUAGUGUUUUGCCCGUGUUUUGAGACGUGGACUCACACACACACACACACAUACACACACAUAUAUACACGCUUACCACAUUUUCAUUCCUUUCAACCAAUUCCAAACAAGAUGCAGUCUCAAAAUGUGCAAAUGGGAAGAGACAGAAUAUGUGUGCGUGUAGAAGCUGAUUUUCAUGUUGUGUCCCAGUUGGACAUUGAACACUAAUUCUGUUUUAAGUAUAUAGUAUGUAAGUUCCAAAAGUUGUAUUGAGUGUAUAAACAAAAGUUAAUGAAAACCCAAAAUAAAUUAAUACAUCAGUGAUAAAACUUUUAUUUUGUUUUACUUAUUUUAUUUUAUUUUACUCCUAAGUUCCAACGUAGUAUGCAAGGCUGCAGGUUGAUAUGACAUACACUGGCAUAGUAAUUAGUCCUGAUUUUAGCUGACCAUUAAUUGCCAUAUAAAUAAUUAUUACUAACUAUGUCUUUUUUUAAAUUAAUUUUAUGCAACUAUUAAAGUACAAGCAUGAACAGGCCAUGUUAACUUAUUAGUGUCCUGGCUGUUUAUAUUCAGUAGACUGAAUAUUUGACCAACUGAUGUCAAAAAGAGCUAAAGCUGCCCUCUAAAUGUGUUAUAGCACCAGUCAGAAGGUAGAACUUUUAUUUUCAGAAGACUCAUGAUGUGCCUCAUUUGACUUUUUCUGCUUUAGUUUGUGUGCAUGUAUUUGCCUUAAUGCAUGUGAUGAAAGCCCAACCAGUCAGCUUAGAUCAUGUUGACAGGCCUAAUAGAAAUAUCACUUCUUCCAGUUUGCUUAUGAGUAUAUAUGUUAUAAAUGUUUAUUCAAUUGGGACACAUUGUGUUUAGCUGGACUUUGUGUUUUGCUGUGGUCAGCCACAUUAUUGAAGCCAUAUUAGACUGGAAUAUGGAUAGAUGACUGUGAUGUGUUUGAAAAUCAUGACGUGUGUGUGAUUUCCUGUAUGUAAGAAACUCUUCAUGGACUAAAUCUGUAAGAUAUUGUGUACUUACAGUCUCUGCGUGUGCAAUACUAAUUCUGAAAAAGAGUGACUACCAAUUAAAAAAACCUGUGACGGUU